CGCUCUCGAUCUCCUUUCAUUCUCCCUCUCCUUCGUCUCCUUCGACAACGUCGUUCUUCCCUCUCGGCUUCUCCUCUCUCCGCCGGUUACGAUUUCUCUAGGUACUUUUCCCUCUCAAACUGAGUCACUGAUUUGUUUCUCUGCAGCUCCCUCUCAAGUUCUUUAGAGAAGGUGAAACCGAAACUGAAAUUACUGAUUUCUUCAUUUUUGCUCGAGUUAUGGUUUCAGAAUUGUUUUUGUUGCUGAUUUUUGGGGGUUUUUGUUUCUCUGCAGCUCUGCGAUCGGGUUUUGUGUUGAAGCAUUCGAUUGACGUUGGUGCGGGGGUGAUUGACGCUGAUCGGUUCUUGUGUUUAGCCAGUCUCAGAUCUCAGAUCUUGGAUCUUGGAUCUUCCUUCCUCGCAUCUGCCGUCGACACUGCUUGCAAAGCCGGCGAGAAAUGGCACCCCGAUCGUAAGCAGCUAAGAAGAAAUUCCAAGCAAUCCAGCAAGCCUAUUCUGUUAAGCUUCUUGAUUGGGAGGAAGAGGGCCAUUGUUCUGAAGCGGAAAUAGCUUCUCUGAGGGCAGCUUUUACACAAGAAGUUGCUGUUUGGCAUAAGCUUGACCAUCCUAAUGUGACCAAGGGAUUGGAUCAGGAGAGUGAGAUUCCAUCACCAAAAGAAUUAGGAAGUACGUCUUCUGGAGCAAGCAACAAGGAAGCAUGACCUUGAUUGAUAUGUUAAGACGUAUAUUAAGAAUUAUAUGUUAAGACGUAUUAUUGAAAAAUGUUUCUUUGAUACUUUGUUUUUGGAUUAUGACAUUUCAAUUAUGACUUGAAUUAUGACUUUUGGAUCAUGUAUGAAUUAAAAAUCAUCUUAUGAUGUUUGAUUUAUGACUAUGCCUUUUGGUUA